AGGACAGGCAACGUCUUCAGUCGGGCUGGGAGCCUUCCAUGGGCUGUUCGUCUACCAAGGCGAACCCUGGUAUGCCUGGGAGCCAGGCGGUUGAGAAAAGCAGCCAGGAACUGCGGCUGCUGGAUGAAUACUCUGUUGGUGUCACCCUUGGUGAAGGGGCCUUCGGGGUCGUCUCAGUCUGCAAGAGGCGAGCCACCGGAGAGGAAUAUGCAGUGAAGAUGGUAGACAAGGUGGAGACGCCUGUCGAAGCCAUCAAGAAGGAAGCCGAUGUCUUGCAGAGCAUGGAUCACCCCAAUAUAGUGAAGUUUCACGGUGUCUACUAUGAGAGGUGCUUUGUUUGUAUUGUCAUGGACAAGUUGGACGGUGGCGAUUUGGUCGAGGGGUUACAACGACACUUGAAGGAGCGAGGUCAGAUUAACUGUAUGGACGUGGUACAUGUUGCGUACCAAAUGGCAGCAUCGAUCCACUACCUUCACCAAAGGAAUGUGGUACACAGAGAUGUGAAGGGAGACAACUACCUGAUGGAUCGAAAGAACAUGACCGACAAGCAGUGCAAGGUGGUGUUGACCGAUUUCGGUACGGCCUGCACCGCAAACCCCACGGAUCGCCUCUCCUCGGGAGUGGGGACGAAGAUCUUUUGGUCUCCAGAGUUCUUUGAUCGUGACUAUGGUCAGAAGGUGGAUGUGUGGGCCAUGGGUGUGAUUAUGUACGGCCUGGCGAGUGGCCGAUUCCCGUUCCGAGAUGAGAACGAUGUCAGGAACAAAGAGGUGCGCAUUCCCAAGCGCGUGCACCCUGUGUGCGAGGAGUUCAUCCGCAAGAUGUUGGAGAAGAAUGAAAAGCUUCGUAUGAGCUCCUCAGAGGUCAUGAGCCACGAAUGGAUUGCUGGCAAGUUUGGCAAGCCCGUGGACGUUGGAGACAAGCCAGUUGAAGAGCCGGGCGAUCGCGAUGCUGAUGGCAUGGCGGAGGCCGGUGUCAACGAUGGCAUCAAGGAACGUCGACAGGAGCUGAUCCAGCGCAUGAACCGGGAGGCCGACGUGCGCAAGGGGAACAUCACCAAGAAGCAGCUGCAAAAUCACAAGCACAAGAAAUUCGUGGUGGCGGACAAGAUUGUGCAAGGUGGUAAGGCCUCCUAUGAGUGGUGGUCUGAGGACCAGGCCAAGAAGGACAAACUCUUGGACUUCGAGAAUCUGGCCACCGCCCCUAAGGAGGACCUUAUGGAUUUGGCGAUGUUCCGCAAGACCCUGGUAGAGCACAACAUCGAUCCCAACCAGUUUGGCGUCGGCAAGGCCAAAGGCAUUGAACAAUUGGCCAAGGAGGUGGAAACUGGCGCCAGCAGGCUCAUGCUGGAUGCGCAACAGCAUAAGAAGUUGGUGCGAGUGGUGGACAUUGUGGUUCUGAAGCUUCGCCCAAGCGACGGCUCGCGGCUGCUGGUGGAGUUCAAGGAGCAGUUCCCUGAUGGUCGUGAACGCGAGACCCUGCGGCUGCCGGGCACAAAGAAGGAACCUCAUGAGAAUGCGAGGCACGGCUGGCAGACCUCCGAACGAAUUCUGCGGGAGAUGAUGAACAUGGAUCCCAGCAUGGUGCGAGACCCGAGAUGA